AUGGCCUCUCUUGUAACCUUAAUCAUUUGCAUAGCUAUUACAAUAUCUCAAGCGAUAGCAACAACCUAUGAAAACAUCUUGGAGAUGGGCAUUACAAAUGAAAGUCAGGGCAAGAUCUUGACAGAGUUGACAAUGCAACAAAUUUCAUCAGCAAUCCCAUAUUUUAGCGACAAUGGAGAAAUCGGAAGAAUGAUCAACGACAUUAAUGCAGACAACAAACUAGCCUUAUCGGCACUCAGAUGUUGCCAAGAGCUUCUCCCUCUCGCAGUAUAUAACCUCGAUAGAUCCCUCUCGACUGAUGUAACCAAGGCCGGAGUGAUGUCCAUGAUAUGCGCCGCAGGCACGGCUCUAGAGACGUGCAUAGACGGAUUCGAGGAUCAACCCCGGGUGAUGUUUGAAUCUGUAUACAACAAACUCAAGUAUCCCAUUGAUAUCAACAAAGGCACCACCAAAAGGAUGGCCAAGUUGAAUGAUGUUUUGAACAAAGAUUCUGAGUAUCCAAGUUGGCUAUCUGAUGGGGACAUGAAUCUCAUGUGGGCGGAUUCGAAGAUCAAAGCUGACGCUGUGGUGGCCAAAGAUGGAUCGGGUAAGUAUAGGACGAUACAGGAUGCGUUGAACGAUGCGCCGAGAUAUAGCAAGAAGAGGCAUGUAAUUUAUGUGAAGAGCGGAUCUUAUAAUGAAAAUGUGAAGAUACUAGCAGAUCAAUGGAAUUUGAUGAUGGUUGGAGAUGGGAUGGAGAAAACCAUAAUCCACAACAACUUUAGCCAUGGUACUGGAUUCCAGACUUGGGCAACCCCCACCUUUGCCGUAUACGGAGAGGGAUUCAUAGCCCGGGACAUAAAAUUCGCCAACACGGCCGGAGCCAUCAACGAACAAGCUGUGGCCCUCCUCUCAGCGGGAGACCGCUCCGUAUUCUACCGGUGCAGCAUGGAAGGCUACCAAGACACCCUGUGCGCCCUAUCCAACCGCCAGUUCUACCGCGAGUGCGAAAUCUACGGCACGAUCGACUUCAUCUUCGGCAACGCGGCCGUGGUGAUACAAAAGAGCAGCAUCAUGGUUAGAAAGCCACUCCGUGGGCAAUACAACACGAUCACGGCCCAGGGCAGGACGGACCCGGAUUGGCAGACCGGGAUUGUGGUGCAGUCCAGCACGAUCCGCGCGGCGGAAGACCUCACGGGCGUGACCACCUACCUCGGGCGGCCUUGGAAGAAGUAUGCCUCGGUUGUGUUCAUGCAAAAUAAUAUGAGUAAAUUGAUCGAUCCAAUAGGAUGGACACCCUGGGAUCCACCCACGCCAAAGGACACUGUUUUCCUAGCGGAGUAUUACAACCUAGGGGACGGCGCGGAAACUAAGGGUCGAAUGAAAUGGCCGGGAGUGAGGCCUAGGCUCGGACGCAAGGUGGCGUCUUGGUUCGCGGUCGACAAUUUUCUACAAGGGAAAGAUUGGCUGCCAGAGACACAAGUUCCCUAUGAUUGGGGUCUUAUUUGA